AUGGCAGCACACAGAAGAUUACUCACAAGAGAUAGAUUAAUAAAAUGGGGAGUGGUAGCAGACAAAACCUGCCCUCUGUGCAAUCUGGAAGAUGAAAGUAUAGAGCAUGUGUUCUUUAAAUGUGAGAUUUCUACACAGAUAUGGAAACACAUAUUACAAUGGCAGGGUAUAAAAAGAGAUUCUAAGUGCUGGGAUGAGGAACUAACGUGGGUUGUUCAGAAUGCAAGUGGAAAGAGCCCUGGAGCUGCAGUAUAUAGGAUGUUGUUAUCUGCAAUAAUUUACUAUAUUUGGAAUGAAAGAAACCAAAGAGUAUUCACCAACAAACAACAAGGAAAGGAAGUCAUCAUCAAAAAGAUCGUUCAAGAUGUGCAUCAUAGAGGAGCAAUGAAGCAGAGGAUUGCAAAAUGGCUGGAGCAGCUAAAUUUCUAUCCAUUAUAG